AGUCUCGCGGUAUUUGACAGCUCUCCGGGAAUGUUGCCUUGUUUACAUUGGUGGCACGCGGGUCAGGAGUGUGGCGGCUGCUGGGGGGCUUAGCGGACGAAGCGCCUUUCACAACGCGUACACAACCUCGCUGGCGGCGGCAGCAGUAAACAUUCUCACCCGUUCAAAGAAAAAAAAAAAAACAAAAAACUUUUCAGCAACGCAAGAAGAGGCCGAGCCAGCCGACUUUCCCCGCUUUUUUCCUCCCUCGUGCCCUUGGGCAGGAAAGGGAAAGUCCAAAAAGAGCCGAGCACCAUAGCAGUCAGUGGAGUGUCUGCCUGCGCGUGUCGAAGGAAUAGCUUAGCAACAGAGUCCCACUUCCUGACUGGAGGAACCGGAUUCCGGCAUUAACAAUGGAGAUGGACACUCAACCACAAGGACAGCAAGCGGCCGUGCCAGUGUUUCAGCCACAGAAACCUUUGCAGCCAGACAUGGGCCACAAUUCACUGGCUAAUUUCCAGAUUGAGAAGAAAAUAGGCCGGGGACAAUUCAGUGAGGUUUAUCGGGCGAGGUAUCUUCUAGACAACACAUCGGUGGCCCUGAAGAAAGUCCAGAUAUUUGACUUGAUGGAUGCCAAAGCUCGGCAAGAUUGUAUCAAAGAGAUAGAUCUUCUUAAGCAACUGAAUCAUCCAAAUGUGAUAAAAUACCAUGCGUCUUUUAUUGAGGACAAUGAGCUAAACAUAGUACUGGAGCUAGCUGAUGCCGGAGACCUGUCGCGUAUGAUCAAGCACUUUAAGAAGCAGAGAAGGCUUAUCCCCGAAAGAACUGUGUGGAAAUACUUUGUCCAGCUUUGCAGCGCACUCGAGCAUAUGCACUCCCGGAGAGUCAUGCACAGAGACAUCAAGCCAGCCAAUGUAUUCAUUACAGCUACAGGAGUAGUGAAGCUAGGAGAUCUUGGACUCGGACGGUUCUUCAGCUCCAAAACCACAGCUGCUCACUCCCUCGUGGGUACUCCAUACUACAUGUCACCGGAGAGGAUACAUGAAAAUGGAUACAACUUCAAAUCGGACAUCUGGUCGCUAGGAUGCCUGCUGUACGAGAUGGCAGCUUUGCAAAGUCCAUUCUAUGGAGAUAAGAUGAACCUUUACUCCCUCUGUAAGAAGAUAGAACAGUGUGACUACCCUCCUCUUCCAUCAGAUCACUACUCUGAGGAACUGAGGAACUUGGUAGAUAUGUGCAUCAACCCCGACCCGGAGAAGAGGCCGGACAUCACCUAUGUGUAUGACAUCGCCAAACACAUGCAGAACCUGACGCAGGGCAGCUAAGCCCGGAAUUGCACAAACUAUAGCUUGUAAAACACAUCCCUCCUCAAUUUCCAUGCUGGACGUGUACACAUCUAUCCGCUUCUAUGCAAUUACUUAGUCCAGAGCUCAUUGUGAUAAGCGGGACAGCAUUUAUAACAUGGUUUUUGGAGGAUGUAAACGUGACUGGCAGCCUAAAUCCUUCCCACUCAAGGUAAACAUUAUGAUGAAAUGAUGCCCUCCUCAAAUCUGUCUCUUGUAAAUCACUGUUCACUUUGUAUUUCUUUUCUCAUUAAGGGUCCCAAAAGGUUUUCAGACAGUUGAAUUUCGAAGGUGAUAUUUAAACUUCAAGUUAUACAGUUUUCAUAACAAAUGGUGUAAUAUAUAACAAGCUAAAGUAAAGUGAAAGUAAGUUAAGGUUUAAAGACGAUUAAGCGCAAUGAUCCCAGAGUUCAGACAAGUAAAAAUUUGGCUGGCACUUUUUAUCGUGCUACAGCAGGCCUGGCAGGGUGGUUAUGUACAGCAGGGGUGCCCAAACUUUUUUUGCCCUAAGAUCUACUUUUCAAGCAUUUUUUUUGGUGUGGGGCGGGGGUGGGGGGUCGUGACCAUGUCUCUGGUCAGAGAGUGCACAGAACUAUCACUGAGCUAAAAUUCUGGGCUGCCGACGCAGCUCAGCGCAGAUGUAUAUUGAUUUACAUUGCAUCACCCCAUGAUCCAAUCUUGCACAACACAACAUAAUUAAUAUUGUAAAUUUUUUGGCAUCACCUGAGUUUACUCCGAUGCUCAGCUGGCGAUGCAUUUAGUCCGGACAGUAGCUCUUUGACUCAGCCUCAAGCAGAGUUCCAAAUGUUCAUCAGUGAGUGUGGAACAAGACUUGGAUUUAAUGAUCUUCGUGCGGAAAAAGGCGUGCGCAUAUAAAUAAGUGGAGCCGAAUAGUGCAGUCAAAAAGGUACCACAUUUCCUCAUAUUGGGGUAUUUGAACUCUCCGAGUAAGUUCUAAAACUUCAGUGAGAAGCACUCUGGAUCUCCGAUGUCCUUCCACCUCUGCUGGGUUAAAUCCACAGCCGUGGCUUCACAGCGCCGUGUAACUGUACUUCUUGACAGCUGGAGUGCUUUGAUCAAACAUAAUAUGCCUGCCUUAUUUUUAAAGUCCCUGAAAAAUGCAUCAUCUGCUUCAACGAUUCCUUCUUGGAAGGACUUGUUGUUCUUAACGAUGACGUGAGUCACCCGUAGCAAUGCAUUGGUGGCGGCUUUUGAAGUACGUGUGAAAAAUAACUGCUGUUCGGACAACUGGGAUUUUAUUUCCUUCACCUUUCUCUUUUUCAGCUUGCCUUUUGCUGGGAAUUCAGUGUUGUAUUUUCUGCGUAGAGUCCUAAAAUGCCUCUCCACAUUAUGGGAUGGCAGACUGGCAGAUGAGGCAUAUGCAUUUUGAAAACAUCGUGAAAAAAAUAUUGCUCUUCGCUUUCUGUAUGAAGUGGUAGGUUUUUCUCUUCUUACUUGGUCCAACUCCUCCUCUAAUUUUUAUAACCUUUAUUAAAUUUCAGAGAAAACAGAGAGGAUAAUUGGCGGUAACUCACUGACAAGCUUGUUAGUUCUUAGAUACUUAGUGCCGUUGUUUGCGCGUGUGCGUGGCCUCAUUGUUAGAAAAUGUCAGAUGUCAUCAAUCAUAUAUCAAGCGACGGGAUGGAUGAUGGGCUGACAUCGUUUUUUUAUGUCAUGCAAUGUCAGCAUAUGUACCAAGUCCCUCGUGAUCAAUACAUUGAGCACCCCUGAUGUCGAAUAUUUGGAAAGCAAGGUUGGGUCGCCAAGUGAUGUGCAGGGGGGAGAACAUGUGCAAACGCCUACACAACACUUUGAAUGUUUGUCAUUUUGACACUCAUGCAUUGUCUUUCAAGUCUGCCUUGAAGGAGUAGUGGAGACUAUGCAAAAAAAAAAAAAAAAAAGCAGAUUCACAUCUGCUGUUUACUACUUUCAUUGACACCAAAAGAAUUAUUUCUUGGUUUGACUUUGAUUUUGUUUGGGAACAGUACUGACCUGGAUGUGUGUAUUGCUCAAACAGUGUGAAUACUUUUUGCUGAGUAAGUUUGACAUGUGUUCGUCAUGAAGGAACUAAUGGCUUAAAGAGACAAGUGAUUCUUGCCUUAGAAGUCAUCCGUUCAGUGUACCAUCUCAUGGCAAUUGACUAGAUGAUUAGUUUGCAUGAGAUACGCGCAAUAGUUUGUUCAAAAGUGUCCUUCAAUCAGCAGAUUUAUUAUCUCGCACUGUGCAAAUGCUAAACAGAUUAAUCGUGACAAAGCACUCCACAAAUGCGGCAUUCAUUCUGGAUUUAAAACACUGUUUUCACAUUAUUAAUACUAGUAAAGUCGUCAUAUUGUUAAGGAAUACUGUUUUAUUAGCUAAAAUAAUACAAUCUCUAUGUGGGUUUGUUACUAAUCACAGGUUAUUUUUGUCCAAGAUCCUGCAAAAUCCUUGAGAAAUGGCUGGUCCACAUCAUUUGUAAUUCGUAGUAACAUUUACCUAGUUUCUGUCCUCUGUUCAAACACCAAAGUUUCCAAUUAUAACACUCUGAGAGGCUCUUUAAUACAUGAAAUAAGUUUACAAUCGUGUGGCACACGUGUAGCAUGUUCGCUGGUUUGCAUCAGUGAUACUGCAUGAAAGGAGUAGUUGAUCAGCAGUCACACUACUUUCUUUCUUUUAGCAUAAUCAGAAAGCCUGUUUUCAUAAUUAGUUCUAGUAAACACCAUUUUAUAAGCAUAGAAAAGUACCAUACUUGUUUCCCUCAAUCCUUUGAUGCACACAGAAAAAACCCCACAAUGUAACGUCAUUGAAACAAAAACACCGUCGCCACUUACGAUCUCCAGAAGAGAUGCAUCCCAUAUUAUUAUUAUUUUUUUUAAUGUAUGAAAGUCAAUGUAAUUGAAAGGAAUGUUUUGCCCCCGACUUAAAAUGUCAUUAACGUUUGUCUUUGCCCUUACAAGAGAUAAUUUUACAUAUGCUGUGUUCCGUUGAAUUGCUUUGGCUGGAGUUCGGCGUGCACAUUGUGUAUUAUAUUUUGUUUGUGCACAGACAAUGAGAUCUAGGUCGUUUGUAAGUUCUCACAAGGGGCUUGUUAAAUAUACAUAGAGCUGGGGAUUAUGGUGGUUCUUAUUAAGGUUUAUUCCCUUUUCACGCAAAGUAUCACAGGGCUCUACUGUGCACCAUUAUUUUACCUUGACUCCGUUAGAUUUUCCAAAGGCCAUCUUAUGUAAGUCGUUUCAUGGGAGAGUCGAGGGGUUUUCCCAAACGUCAAAUAAUAGGCUCUGUACAGGCGUUAUUUAUGGUGCAGCUAGUGGUCGGUUUGGUUUCAUCUUGUGUUAAAGAGCCCCACCAAUGCCAUGUACUUCAGUUUGAUGCAAUAAAGCUCUAACAUUUCUUCUGA